GUAUGUGUUGCCAAUUUUUAGUGUGGGGAGGUAUAAAAGCGAUUUGCACAGGGAGAGCAAUUCAGUUGUUUGAGUUCUUCACUUGAGUCAGUUGAGAAUGCCUUUCGAUUUCGAAGAAGUAAACGGCUAUAGCCAUAUACAUGGCACGGACAUGACGCACGUCGUCGACGUCCGGACCGAUACAAUCACUAAGCCUACGGCAGCGAUGCGAACUGCCAUGGCAGUGGCCGAAGUGGGUGACAGUGUUUUCGGGGAGGAUCCCACCGUUAACGAGCUGGAGAGAAGGUGUGCGGACCUUUUGGGAAAGGAAGACGCCGUCUAUUUACCCAGUGGAACUAUGUGCAAUUUAAUUGCCAUUAUGGUGCACUGUAACAAGCGAGGUGUCGAAUUUAUCGCUGGAGACAAGAGUCAUACACACUUAUUCGAACAAGGUGGACCUGCAGUACUAGCAGGAGUUCAAUGCUCGUUAAUUCCCAACAACCCCGAUGGGACUUUUUCUUUGCAAGAAGUCGAGUCUAGAAUCCGAAUCAAUACAGACUACCAUGAACCAUCAACUGCGCUUAUUAUCGUUGAAAAUACGCAGAAUAUGUGCGGAGGAAGGGUGCUUCCAUUGGAAUGGCUCGAUAGCUUAGCGAAAAUCGCGGCAAACUACGGCGUACCGAUCCACAUGGACGGCGCGCGUCUAAUGCACGCGGUCGUGCAAAGCAAGAUUUCGGCGAAACGUAUCGCCCGCGACAUGGAUUCGGUCUUCUUCUGCCUGAGCAAAGGUUUGGGAUGUCCGAUGGGUUCGGUCCUCUGCGGCAACAAAGGUUUCAUCCACCAGGCUAAGCGUUUCCGGAAAAUGUUGGGCGGCGGCGUGAGGCAAGUCGGCAUUUUGGCGGCGGCCGGAUUGGUUGCGUUAGAUGAGAUGAUCGAUCGCCUUCAAAUCGACCACGAUCACGCCUAUCAAAUCGCCAAAGCAAUCGACGAUUUAGAUUCAGAUAUCAUCCGUGUAGAUCUGGAAUCAGUGCAAACGAAUAUCGUUAUCAUUCAUCUUGAUAAAAGAACAAUCACUGCAAAGACAUUCCUGGAAAAGUUAGCAACAGUUUCAGAGACAGACGACAUUAAAGUCAGUGUGAAGGCUAGUGCUUUUAACGUAUCGCGUGUUCGGUUAGUGUUACAUUGGGCCAUAACCAAUCACGAUGUCGCGGAAGCAAUUCGCAAGAUAAGGCUCGUGAUCAAGAAAAUUCACAGCGAGCUACACAUCAAAUGAAUUUGAAGUGGCUGAUUGACGCGACGGUAGUCUUCUCAUUAACAUCAGUAUUGCAUUUGCAUUGAUAGCUUUAUGAUCGCAAUACAACAGAGCAUAUGUCUCCAAAUCUAAGAGCUUAUUUUAUGUAAAUUCUCACUUCUCGGUGAAACUAACAGUUAAAGAUACCAGUAUUUUAAUAAGAUCUUUAGAGUAGUGCUUAGAAUGUAGCUUUUGUAUAUUUAUUUCUAAAAAUAUAGUGUUAUAAUAUGUC